AUGGAGUAUCCUCCUCAAUAUCAACAACCUCACAACCAGCAUCCUCACGCGUCCUCUCACAUGCCAACUUAUCAAACCUCCCCCUCCAAUGCUGGCCCGCCGGUCGGGUCUAUCACAUCGCCCACAAAUCCUCAGGCACACAUGCAGCACCCUCACCAAAACCACCAAUCCUCACCGAUCCUGCCUUCACAGUCACAUUACCAGCAGACACAAAACGCGCCCGGCCAGGUACAUCAGCAGAUGAACUUUCCUCAACAGUAUGCUCAGAUUCCACAGUCAUAUGGAAUCACUCCCACUCAAGCUGCGGCCGCUGCAGCAGCCAUGGCCACCGCGGCCGCUGCCGGACACAACCAUACAUACUAUCAACCAAUGCAUCAAGACUCGAUGGGCGGCGCCAUGCCACCGGGAGCCCGCGGCUCACCUAGAUUGCCGUCUUCUCAAGUAAAAAAUGAACGACAUCCGCGAUCACCCCCGCAAGUCUCUGGGCAAAUGCCACCACUAUCCAAUCAAGUCCAAAUGCCCCAAAACCCGUCUAUACCUCAACCACAAUCUCAACAGCAACAACAGCAACAACAGCAACAACAACGCCGCAUGAGCCAACAAAUCAGCACAUGCAACGACCACCCCCAGGACCCUCCCCCAUGGCUGCGCCAUCCCAACACCCCCAUUCUCACCCCCACCAACCUCCACCCCACCAACAAAACCAACCAUCCCCCGAAAUGGCCACGGGCGCGGGCGCUGCCGAAGAAUCCCCCCUCUACGUCAACGCCAAACAAUUCCACCGCAUCCUCAAACGACGCGUCGCCCGGCAAAAACUCGAGGACCAACUCCGCCUUACAUCUAAGGGACGAAAACCCUACCUGCACGAAUCGAGGCAUAAUCACGCCAUGCGCCCGGCCGCGAGGGCCAGGUGGACGCUUCCUGACCGCAGAGGAAGUAGCGCAGAUGGAAAAGAAUGCCAACGUUAACGCGACGGGGAUUGAGAAUAUACCGAAUAAUAACCACGAAUCAGGGAAGGUGAAUAAUAACAGCAACAGUAACGUGCAUGGCAACGCGGCGCAGGGACAUGGUGAUGGCGGUGGCGGUGUGUCGAAUGUGCAUCCGGGUCAGAAGCGGAAGGCUUCUGCGAUGGGGAAUAUUCAGCAGGCGCAUGGAGGGUCAGGGAAGAAGUCGAAAUCUGCUGCUGCUGCUGCGGCGGCGGCGGCGCAGCGGAGGCCGAGCACGAAUGUUGAUAGUGAUGGGGAUGGGGAUGAUGAUGGGUAG